AUGUCCAGGGACGCUUUUCUACAGAACCCUUCAGAGCAGAAGGUGUCAGGUCGUUCUUCCCUCUUUCCUAUAGAUGAUGGUUUACUAAAUGAUGGUCAUAGUGACCAAGUUGGUGUAUUGAAUUCACCUACCUGUUAUCCUGCACAUCAAAAUGGAGAAUGGAUAGAACAUUUCUCUCGAAAGGUGUUUGUUGGUGGUCUUCCUCCAGACAUUGAUGAAGGUGAGUUGCCUGACAUAUUAAAGCUUCCUAUUCACAAGCCUCAAUAUUUUAGCAGAGAAGACAUACUCAAGCCCUAUAAUAUGAUGUUUUAUGCAGUAGAGCAGAAACCACAAACUGCUGGAUUGCCUGCAGAUUCCCAGAUAGCUUUGGAUGAUGCUCAAGCCAAAAAGUUACAGCUUAAAAGAUUGACGGCUCUAACGGAGUCCUGGGGCUGGCGUUCACAAGGGAGCGUCUUUCGGCGUCGGCGGAGCCACCGGAAGCCUGCAGGUUAUGCCUUCCUCCUUUUCCAAGAGGAGAGCGCUGUUCAAGCUCUGAUUGAUGCUUACCUUGAAGAAGAUGGAAAGCUUUAUUUGUGUGUUUCCAGCCCUACUAUCAAGGAUAAGCCUGUUCAGAUCCGCCCCUGGAACUUAAGUGAUAGUGACUUUGUAAUGGAUGGUUCACAGCCUUUGGAUCCUCGAAAAACCAUUUUUGUUGUUGGUGUUCCCAGGCCGUUACGAGCUGUGGAAUUAGCUAUGAUAAUGGACCGUCUCUAUGGUGGAGUGUGUUAUGCAGAAAUUGAUACCGACCCUGAACUAAAAUACCCCAAAGGUGCUGGAUGAGUGGCUUUUUCCAAUCAACAGAGCUACAUUGCAGCUAUCAGUGCUCGGUUUGUUCAGCUUCAACAUGGUGAUAUUUUUAAACAGGUGGAGGUAAAGCCAUAUGUGUUGGAUGACCAGAUGUGUGAUGAAUGCCAGGGUGCACGAUGUGGUGGAAAGUUUGCUCCCUUUUUUUGUGCCAAUGUUACUUGCCUACAGUAUUACUGUGAGUUUUGCUGGGCAAACAUCCAUUCUCGGGCAGGGCGUGAAUUCCAUAAGCCAUUGGUUAAGGAGGGGGCGGACCGGCCACUGCAGAUCCACUUCCACUGGAAUUGA